AAUAAUGCCUCAUCCCCCGGUUACGUUGCAGCAGAGUUACAGUCUGACACGAGAGAGAGAGGAGCCGCGGACCUGUCCGUUCACACACGGACACAACACCAAAGGGAUGGAAAGGUGCGAGGUCUUUUUAUUCACCUUCCUCGUCUCUCACUACGUCUGGAAGAUCCUCUUCAUCACGUGGAUCUUCACCAGCGGGACUCCCACGGAACGCACCAACUAUGGAUUGCCUAAUUGAAGUUGGGCCACCACCGGAUCCCGUUGACGCCAGGACCACGGAGCGACGUUAGAGAGAGAGAGUGAGAGAGUGAGAGAGAGAGAGAGAGAAGUUCGUUAUGGACACUUGCGCAAAGCGAGCAUUUCCUGAUCACAGAGCUGCUGCCAAAAGCGGACUUUCAUCCACAGCAGAGCGCAACUGUCUGCGGGUAAAGGACAUGGACAACACGUCUCUUUUCAGCGCUGAUGAAACUCUCUGCACGAUGUUUUAGUAAGAAUGAGGCGAAGCUGUAGUUAGAAUAGAGAGAGAGAGAGAGAGUGUUUGUGUGAGUGUUCAGCUCCUCCUGGAUCUGAUGUGAGAGUGGUGGACAGCUGUUUUACGCGAACACCAAUUGCGCGCCUCGUCCGUCACCACAGGAGAUCCCACCGCGGCUGCUCCUGAGAUCUCUGACAGGCAACAGGCCUCAGCCACCACUGUGCAACCGAGAGAGUUUCUUAAAGCUGCACCAUAGUGCACCUGUGUGGCCGGAGGAAGCCAUGGCGUUACCAGAUAGUAGCAUAUCUGUGGAGGAACUGCCCUUCCCAGAGAUUAUAGAGCUUAAUGUUGGAGGCCAGGUGUACAUAACCCGCUUCUCCACCCUCACAAGUGUGCCAGACUCUCUGCUGUGGGAGAUGUUCAGUCGAAAGUCAGCCAAAGGUCUGGCCAGGGACACCAAGGGGCGCUUCUUUGUGGACCGUGAUGGUUUCCUGUUCCGUUACAUCUUGGAUUACAUGCGGGACCAGCAGCUGGUCCUUCCUGACCACUUCCCCGAACGCGGGCGCCUGCAGAGGGAGGCUGAGUUCUUCAACCUGCCAGAGCUCGUGAAGCUACUGGUGCCCAAAAUCAGCAAGCAGAACUCGCUGGGCGACGAGGGGUGUCAGAGCGACCCGGAGGACUCCUCACCCGGGAUUGACACGGCCCGUAACCUCAGCUCACAGGGUGCUGCAGCUGCUGCGUGUGCCAGCCUGGUGCCCGGUGCCAUGGAUGGCAAACGUUCCGGGUUCAUCACCAUCGGCUACCGAGGCUCAUAUACUCUGGGCCGUGACAGCCAGACCGAUGCUAAGUUCCGCAGGGUGGCACGAAUCAUGGUUUGUGGGAAGACCUCCUUGGCCAAAGAGGUCUUUGGGGAGACGCUCAACGAGAGCCGUGACCCUGACCGCCCACCUGAGCGCUACACGUCCCGCUAUUAUCUGAAGUUCACCUUUCUGGAGCAGGCUUUUGACAAGCUGGCCGACGCAGGCUUCCACAUGGUGGCCUGUAACUCUACAGGAACCUGCGCCUUUGCCCAUGAGCAGACGGACGACAAGAUCUGGACCAGCUACACUGAAUAUGUGUUCUACCGUGAGUGAGACUAUAUCGGCUUUGUUCCCCCCGGUCCUCCACCUUCCAAGUGUCCCCCCUUCCCUUAGCCUCCAGCCAUCCCGUCUCUCUCUGACGGCUCCUGCACCAGUAGAUGUACCGUAGAUGUUGUGCCCUUCCAUCUCUCUCUACAGCAUCCAGCUUUUUACCCUGUGAACAGUCCGCAGCAGCGGCCCUGACUCUUCUCUCCGCUGGUCCAAUCUGCAGCCCUCCCCCCUCAAACCCAAAUCCAAACCCCCACCUCAUCCUCAGGUCCAGCUCUUGCCUUUGCCUAAGCCGUCGCUCCAUCUAGCUGUAGCCCCCCCCCAGUCCUGAACCUCAGCCUGGUCCUGCAGAGACUGAUACCCGCUAUGUACUGUCUCCCCUCUGUCCUCUAUACAUUGCAUCUGCCUCGGUGAAGCACAAUACUCUAUCCUAGAGCUAACUUUGUUAAAUAAGCAGCCCGCUGUGUCUAUAUGACGAAUGCCGAAUUGCCGACGAAUACCAGUCAUAAUGGGCACAAGGGAAAGGGCUUCAAAGAGAUUGGCCGUGAUGUACAGUGCUGUACCUGCUUACUCGAGCAGAUUGGACUCUCCUGCUCCUCUGAACUAAAUUACCAAAUAAUUGGACUUCUUAUCAGCCUUGAGGGAUGUGAGCAGCCCCAGCACAAGAAAAGAAGUGUAACACAGAAUCAAAUUUCCCUCAGUUUUUAUUAAAUAUGUCCAGUACCAUGUGGAUAGGGAACGUGCCAUAUACAGUAGUUAGUUUUUUUCCUGUCCAGUAAUGAAUGAUUGAAUGGGGAAUGAUAUAGUACAGCCACACGGAUGGUGGGGGGGGAGGAGGUUGUGCAUUGAACUUGUUUUUGAAGGGAAAAAGAUGUAGGUGUGUGUGUGUGUGGAAUGCCCUUUUCACAAAGAAUGAAUGAGCAACAGGCUUUGAUUCAAAGGAAAACAAAAUCGCGUAGGUCUCGUAGACAGAAAGAAAAGCUGGAUGAAGUGUGUGUAUCGAUUGUACUACAGAGCUUUCAGUGUUUGAAUCAGCCACGCUGGGAGGGCGCAGCAGGCGGGAGGCGUUAGAUCACUCACUGCCCAAUGCUCUUUGACAUUUCUUUGCUCCAUUAGACGUUUAAGAGCAUUUUCAGUGAAGCGCGUCGUGGGACGGGAUUCACACCACGACUACAUCUUGUUUCCAUGAAAAAGAAAAAUGUGCUUGUCACUUUAGUGGACCAUGUGUCUGAAUGUUCUGUAAACAACAAUGUUAUUCUUAAUAUUCGGUUCAGUAUUAGAAGAAGCUCUUGCUUAUUUGAUGAUAACUCUCACUUAAUGGGAGUGAAUACCCGGGGGGAAAGGGUAGGAUUACGCUGUAGCUCAGCCAAAGCCCAAUGUUUUCUCACCAGUGUAGCAAAGGGCAUCGACGGGGCAGAUUUAUAAUGUGCAGGUUUGAGUUCAGUCCUGAAGGAGCAAGUUGAGAGACAAGUCUUUUCCAGUUACAGCCUCUGGACUGGUCUGCAACAUCAUAUAUACCUCAGACUAAAACACAAACUGAAGGGAAAGAUCCAGGUGAUGCAGACACAGAAAGAAAAUGUAGAAGCUGUAAUUUGAUUUUUAGAACAAGAGCCACGAAUGACUUCUCAGUCAAGAAGCAGCCAGCGAGGCGAUACAGUGCAGGACUUCACCUGAGGUGUCAGUUUGUAGUUUUGGCAGAACGUCUGACAGUGACAAUAAAUGUAUUCUGAAAUGUCUAGAAACGGCAAUGUUGUGUUUCGGUGUGAUGACGUGCUGUUGACAUCUGAGUCAAUAUGUGAGUCCUGCAGCAGUGUGUCACUGCAGGCGUAGACAACGCUGAAAUAAAAAGUGUUCAGCAAAAAAAAAAAAGAACAAAAAAAGCAAAUUGAUUUGUCAAAUAAAAGAUGUUUUCUUCCUA